AGUGUAUCGAUGAGCUCUCGCAAUGAGAUAUAAUCUUCCACCCAGUGAAUAUACAACGAAAGCAAUAUUACAGAUAAGGUAACCAAAGAGACACGCGAAUGAUGCAAACCGCACGAUCCAUCCGUGAAAAUGUUUAACCUUUUUAUCCACUUAUAAAUAUCAUAGACGAGCGAUCCUCAAAGGGGAAAAAAAAAAAGAAAAAAAAAAAGAAAAAGGAAAAGGAAGAAAUAGAAAAGAAAAAAAAAGAAAAGAAAAGAAAAAAAAAAGAAAGGAAAAAAUAAAUAUAUGUACUUCAAUUGCACGAUCAAACGGAUCAAAACUUCGAUGAUAGUUUUGGACUUCGACGAUUUUACAACUGUGAAAGAAGAAGAAGAGAAAAAAAAACAAGAAAAAUAAGAAGAAGAAGAAGAUAAAGAAGAGGGAUUAAUUUUUUUAACUACGACCCACUAUUGGGGUAGAAGAAGAGUAAGCAAGUAAAUAAGUAAGUAAAUAAGUAAGCGAGCAAGUAAAUAAGUAAAUAAGUAAGUAAGUAAGUGUGAUGCUAGAUACGACGAUGGCGUAUUUAAAGAUUCGCAAAAGGAGAUUCAUGAACAGAAUGAUACGUUGAUACGUUGAUCAAAGGACUCAAAGGCUUGUGAUCGGAGAAGACAUAUUAGGAGAUAAAACAAAAUAGAUCUACAUUUAUGCUACGUAUAUAGACGUACAUACAAUUUCAAAGAUUUCAAUUCAAUUCGAACGGUGAAAGCAAGGAAGGAAGGAAGGAAGGAAGGAAGGAAAGAAGGAAGGAAGGAAGGAAGGAAGGAAGGAAGGAAGGAAGGAAGGAAAGAAAGAAGGAAGGAAGGGAGGGAGGGAGGGAGGAAGAAAGGUAGGAACAUGAUGAACGAGAUGAAAUUGAUGUGAGCCAUAACAUUUCAUUAUCCCGAUAAAUAUGACGAGGGGAAUGUAAACGAGUUUGCGACAUUGAUUUGAAAUUCGACGAGAAGAGGAAAUAGGGGAGACAAAGGAGACAAAACAAGAGAAAAAAAAAUAAUAAAAAAGAAUAGAGAGAAACGGAAGAAGAGGAGGGAAAGAAGAAAAAUAUAGGGAGGGGAAGGGCUUCGACAUUUUUCGAAGUAUCAAUGGCGGAGUAGUACAAAACGACGACGAAUCGAUUGUAUAUGUUGUAACUGUUGUAUACUAAACGAUCAACGCGAGUCAUCUAGAUAUUAUCUAUCGGAUAGAAAAUUCUUUUAUUAUUCGCGAAAGGAGGAAGAGGAGAAGGAGGAAGAAGAAAAAAAAGAGAGAGAGAGAAAGAGGGAGAAAAGAAAAAGAAAGGAAAAGGAGAAGAAAAGAAGAAAAAAAAAAAAGGAAACUAAAAUAAAUCUUCAAGAUGCCGCGCUGCUACAUGGUUAAGAAGGCCCUGUGCAACAAGUACAUUACCAGCGUUGCCAAAGGAUUCGAAAGCUGGGGUCGUGGUAGAAACACGCCAUCGCCAACGACCAUACAGUUGCCCGUUUCGCCCAUAGAAGGGAGCGUUGCACCCACUGUUGCGCAAGACAUUAAAACUACGGGGACGCCUAUCAUCAACGAGAACAACAAUUCGAAAGAAUCUACGUGCAAAAAGGAAGAUUUUGGGAUGGGAACUGCGUCGGAUUCACCGAAGUUGCCUCAAAUAGAAAUGGCAACGACGGUGAUUGCUUAUACGACAUCGGCGGCGUCUAACGUAUCAACGCCGUCGUCGUCGUUAGAAUCCAAUGGUGUCAGAUUAACGACAACGACAACGACAACAACUACAACCACCGCAAUAAUAUUGACGACCGCUACGACGACGGCUACGAUGACGUCUACGACAACAACGGCGAAGACGAUGAUGACAACGACAAUGACAAUAUCGAGCAUGCCAACGUCAAAGACGUUAGAACUUGUUACGGAUAAUGUUGUUUCGCCGUCUCAUCGUUCGGCACAAAAUGAUCCAUCCGCGUCCUCUACCUGCACGUCUACGAGAUAUACUAACGAGGACACUACGACGGAACAUAUUAACGAGGAUACCAAAAUAAGAACGACAUCUUGUUGCAACAACAUUAUAUUGUCCUCAAAUGUUUCAUCGAUGUUCAAAGAUCGUUCAGCCGCCGAAACGGAAGCAGCUCAUGAUCUUCUUGAACUUUCAAGGUCUUUACCACCUUUACCACCACCGAGCGUUGCGAUAGGUCCUCAAAGCGUCAUCGAGACACCUGCCACGGAUGUUCAAGAGAUGACAGUGUAUCAACCUGUCGAACAACCAAUCUAUCAACUAAACACGAUCGAUCUUACCGGUUCGGCUACCGUCUAUCAUCAUCAGCCACAGCAACAACCACCACCGCAGGCAACAACGAGUAUCAUUUAUGAGCCGACAACGACGAUCGUUCAGCAAACAUCGGGUGGUGUCUUUAUACCACUUUCACCGGUUCAAGAGAUUCUCUUCACUUAUAGUACGCCGUCCAUACCAUGUACGUCGAUUAUAACUCAACAACCACAACAACAG